AUGUACCAUCCAGGCUGCAAUUUCGUCAACUGUACUUCUGCUGCAAUAGAUGAAGCGGUUGAUAUAGCGAAAAAAGCAGACUAUGUUGUUCUAGUAAUGGGAUUAGACCAGAGUCUUGAAAGGGAGGAGCUUGAUCGGUCAGAAUUGGGGCUACCUGGUAUGCAAGAGAGUCUCAUUACAGCAAUCGCGCAAGCUGCCUCAAAACCUGUUAUACUGGUUUUGAUGUGUGGAGGUCCAGUGGAUGUAUCUUUUGCUAAGGACAACCAAAAUAUAGGAGGCAUUUUGUGGGUUGGUUACCCUGGUGAGAGUGGAGCUGCUGCAUUAGCAGAGAUUAUUUUCGGUGAACACAAUCCAGGGGGAAGAUUACCAGUCACUUGGUAUCCUAAGGAGUUCAACAAAAUACCGAUGACUGACAUGAGGAUGCGGCCUGUAUCAUCUGCUGGAUAUCCAGGGCGCACAUACAGAUUCUACAACGGGCCAAAAGUUUACGAGUUUGGCUAUGGUCUCAGCUACACCAGUUACUCUUAUGGGUUUUCCUCUGUCAACCAAGACAAAGUGCAUUUCAUGAACCUGAAGGCCAACAAGGAAACCGAAACCGAUUUUGUUCCGAGCGUUGCUGUUUCAGACAUUGGAUCAGAAUUAUGCAACAAUGCGAUUAUCACAGUUAAAGUUGAGGUAAAAAACCAGGGAGAAAUGGCUGGUAAGCACCCAGUGCUGUUGUUUCUAAAGCAUUCCAGCACAAUGGAUGAGGUUCCAAGAAAGACAUUGAUAGGAUUCAAGAGUGUGAAUUUGGAAGCAGGGGAAAAUACCCAUAUUGCAUUUGAUGUAAAACCUUGUGAGCACUUUACUAGGGCCAAUAGAAAUGGUUCAUUAGUAAUUGAUGAAGGGAAAUAUUUCCUUCUUGUUGGAGAUGAGGAGUAUCCUGUUACUGUAUUUGUAUGAUCUCCCUGAUCUAAGUUGUCAAAUAGCUUUUUCUUUGACUACGAUUUUCUCCAACUCUUUUAAUAUAUU